AUGUUUACAGGUGAAAACAUUCAAUUUCUGUAGUAAUUACAUUAAUUGAAAGAAAUAUCCAAAAUAGGAGAGGGUAGUUUUGGCAAAGUCUAUAAAGCAAUGGAUUUAACAGACAAAUCUAUUUGUGCAGUAAAGGUAAUUUCAACAACCAUUAAGAGGUUAUAUCCAAAAUAGUUUACAAUAAUACUACUCCUGAAUAGGAAAUCUAUUUAUAAUUGAAUCAUCCAAAUAUUGUGAGAUGCAAAAGAGUAUGAGUAAAAAAUAUUUAUUAAGAUUUCAGAAAACAAAAAAUACUAUUAUAUAAUUAUGGAAUAUAUGGAAGGUGGUACAUUAUCAUAGAAAAUGAAAGAGAAACAAUUAAAUGAAUAAGAAGCAGCAAUUAUUAUGAAAUCAAUUUUGGAUGGAGUAAACUACUUACAUGAUAAAUCAAUUAUUCAUAGAGACUUAAAACCAGAGAACAUAAUGUUGACAGGAACAAAUGUGAAAAUAGCUGAUUUUGGAUUGAGUUUUCGAUUCUCAUCUAGUGAAGGCAAUUUUCAUAAAUUAUUAAAUAAAAAAUGUGGAACUAUUAUUUAUAUGGCACCAGAACAAUUUACAGAAAAAUAUGUAGAUUACUUAUUCUAACAUUUAUUUAGUAUAGCAAAUAAGUCGAUGCCUGGAGUUGUGGAAUUAUACUCUAUAUGUUAUUAAAUGGAGGAGUACAUCCCUUUUAUAAUAAGGAUGACACUAAAUAUGAUUUCAUUAAGAAGAUCCUCAAUCCUUCAAUUGAUAUCCCAUUAAAUAUCUCACCUUUAGCUAAAGAUCUAUUCUUUAAAUUAAUUAAUGUCAAUCCUAUUGACAGAUAUAAUGUAAGUUAAGCUUUGAUGCAUCCAUGGAUUACUAGGAAAUUUCAUGAAAAGAUUCCUUUAACUUAUUAAUAAUAAUUAGACUAAUUUCUUAAAGAAUAGCAAAUUAUAUAAGUAAUCAAUAUAUUUUAAUAUGAUAGUAAUUUAAGUUAUUAUUCUUCUUAUAAUAUUUAUAUCGAAAUUCACCAAGAACUUAAACAUUUUAAGAUAAUGUGAAAGAAGGAGAACAAGAAAAUACAAAUCUAUAGUAAAAUCAAACAAAUGCAAGUCCAACUUAAAAUAAAUUUAAGAUCUUACAAUUAAAUAAUAAACAUAAAAAUUAAUGUCAUACUACUCCUAGAACUGAUUAUUAAGGAAAGUUUUUAGAUUUUUCAUUAACAUAGAAAACUAAUUUUAAAAAAUCAAUGGAAAAUAUCUUGGUAUUUGAAAAAGAUAAAUGUGAAAAAAGUUAGAAUUGUUCAGCAAGGUCUUUGAAAUAGAAAUCUACUCAAAUGAUUAACAAAUAUUUUAUACCAACUUCAUUUUAAGAGUCUUUUGGAGCUUCUAAUAAAAUGAAGCUUAAAUCACAUAGAAGAGUACUACCUCCAUUAAAAAUAAAAUGA